CCGACGUACACACACGGGACAGCGACCCGGCGCAACUCGUUGCUUCGAAAAGACUUGGGAAUGUUCUCCGAAGAUGGAUUGAAACCUAUACAGAAAGAGCAGUUGGAAUGCCAGGCUAUCUCUGUCGGUAUCAGGAGAAUGCAGCUGAUCUGCCACGCCAGUCUGCCAGAUGGUCAACAACCCAAGUCGUCGUGCUGCUUUCUGGGGCUUUUGCAAAACACUCGCUGGAGCUUCUGGCUCCUCGGCCCCGCACAGUGUUUUGUCACUGUGAUUGGUCUCUGGGAACCCAACUACAAAACGACGCCAGUCGGAGCCAAAGUCACCCCGCAUAACCGAAAUCGUGCUACUUAGACACUACACUGCUUUUACCCUGAUAACACAAGAGGAUCGUAUCGAACCCCAUUUCAGCGACUUGGGCGUUCAAAGGGGGCACUAUUGAUGUCUGAACUGUCGGUCUAGAAAAAGAACACAUAUGUGGGAGUGAAAGCGGCUCUUCACAAGAGGAUACACCUCGCGAGUUCAGGCAUGGCCCUUUUUUGCUUGGUCCGAUCGCUGUUGACCCUAUCAUAAUUCAAAACAGGUUCUACUGCGC